GCUCGGGAUCGAGAAACACCAAGUCAGCUGACAAAAUAAAAAAAAAAAAAAAUAACAACACGGUCCGACUGGAAGACAGAAAAUGAUGAAGAAAUGCUUUAGACCAUUGCUUCCGUUUCUGUUCAGUGUUGUUUUGUGUAAUGUUACAACUGCAGCUACAACCAGACCACAUAUCAUCCUCAUAGUGGCUGAUGAUCUGGGUUAUAAUGAUGUGAGUUUCCAUGGAUCAAACCAGAUCCCCACUCCUAACAUAGACAGUUUGGCAUAUGGAGGAAUAAUUCUCAAUAAUUACUAUGUGUCCCCGAUUUGUACCCCCACUCGCGGGGCUCUGAUGUCUGGCAGGCACCCUAUUCAAACAGGUCUCCAGUCCGGUGUAAUAGUCGCUUCUCAGCCUUAUGGACUACCCCUAAACGAAACAAUAAUGCCUCAGUACCUCCAAAAACUGGGCUAUAGGCGGCACAUGAUUGGCAAGUGGCAUCUUGGAUUUCAUAAAAAAGAGUUUACACCCCUGUACAGAGGCUUUGAGACCCACUAUGGAUAUUAUCUUGGGUGUGGAGACUAUUAUGAUCAUACAUCAGAGGCAAAUGAGGAAUAUUUUGGCUUUGACUUUUGGAGAAACUCAACUGUGGACUUUACAGGAAUCGGGCAGUACUCAACAGACCUGUUCAGACAAGAGGCCAACAUGAUAAUACAGAAACAUAACACAUCAGAACCUUUGUUUCUGUACCUGCCUUUCCAAGCUGUCCACAGUGGAAAUCUCCCGAGUGGGAAAAAUCUCCAGGCCCCGACAAAGUACAUAAAGAAAUUCUCUCACAUCAAAAAUACAGAAAGAAGAACAUAUGCUGCUAUGGUUUCUGCAUUGGAUGAUGCUGUUGGGUCCAUAGUGCAAACACUUAAAGACAAGAAAAUGUAUGGAAACUCCAUUAUUGUUUUCACAACAGACAAUGGUGGGCCAGCUAAUGGGUUUGAUGGUAAUGCUGCCAGCAACUUUCCUCUAAGAGGUGUCAAGGCCACAUUGUGGGAGGGAGGAGUGCGAGGAGCUGGCUUUAUAUCUAGUCCUCUGUUAAAGUCCAGAGGUUACGUGUCCAAUCAGAUGAUCCAUGUGACGGACUGGUUACCAACCCUGUACACGGCUGCUGGGGGCCAGGCAGGGGAUCUUAAAAAUUUGUAUGGAGUAGACCAGUGGCAAGUAUUACAAACGAAUGGCAAGCCAGUCAGGAGUGAACUGCUGCAUAACAUAGACCCUCUGGACAAAACAGGUGCUAUAAGAGUAGGGGAUUACAAACUAAUAUAUGGGCCUGUAAUGGGCUGGGAUGGUUGGUAUCCCCCAUACCAAGUCUCUACAGACUCGAACAGUAAUGCCAGAAUUGACAUUUCUCAACAAAAUAGUAGAAAGAGACUUGUACAGGAAAUGGAGUUUGAACCUCAGUCAUUUAAUUUCAGUCAUGGAACACCAGUAAAAAUUCAGUGUGGAACCAAGCCUUUCAAUGCCAGUACAAACUGUCAGGCCAAUAAAGUUCCAUGUUUGUAUCAUAUACCAUCAGAUCCUUGUGAGUACAACAACAUAGCAGCUAGUCAUAUGGAAAUUGUGUCCAACCUGAUGGACAAAAUUAAAUUGUAUGAGAAAACCAUGAUGGUACCUCCUGGAAAUAAGCCAUUUGACCCAGCUGGAAACCCACGUAACCAUGGAGGCAUAUGGAUGCCAUGGCUGGAUUAAUAGGCAGGACAGACUAAUUAAUUAAGAAAUGUGAUUUUGAUUCCAAAAAUCAUAAAAAAAAUAUUUUUUAGUAAAGAAAACACUUUAUUUUUCUAUCUUUUAUUUUAACAUCUACAUUUGUAUUUCAGGGAACAAUGAAAUUUUCUGAAUUUGAAAUUAAUGAAAUCAUGUGCAGCAUUUUUUGCUUAAUUUUUUUUUUUUAACAUACUCUUUUUUUUAAUAAUCUUUGUAAUGGUUGUAUUUUUGAAGCCUCUGAGCUUUAAACUUAAAAUUAAAUUGAACUAUUAUGAUUGUACUUACAUAAAUACUUAAGCAUAUAUUUGCAAUAAAGGUUUAGAAUCUCAGUACUUUACACUGCAAUACAUGUAUGUGUGUUUAAAUGCUGAUGUUUAUAUUCUAUACAUGUACAAUAUACUACAUGAAAGUCUUUUUGAGGUUGUGAGGAAAUUUUAUAGAGCUGUACUUUAUCUUGUUUUUUUCAAACACAUUGUUACUGCGUUUUAGCUCACCUGAGCAGAAAACUCCAAUUGAAAUUGUCCAUCGUUCAUCUCUCUUUCUUAACUUCUCCCAUCCCUGAUUUCUUCUCCAGAACCACACCAGUGUCAAUCAAUCAUGUCUCAGGGCAUUUAGCAUAAAUGGGAUUAAAAUUGUUCAAGUGAAGCACCCAUUAUCCCAUUAAAGGGAGAUACUCAAGAAAAGGAAAAUAUUUUGGGUUCAUUUUAAAAUCAAGUGAAUGAGAAUUAAUGUGACAGAAAAGAAGAAACUUGUGCAAAAUCUUCCAGAUAUAGGAAAAGACUUCAGUUUGUUGAAAUCAUGGCCCCAGGGGGUAGGAUGGUGCCACAACAAGGGAAUUUUACAUAGGAAUUUAUGGGAAGAAAUUUUUUUAGUAAUCUUCAUCACAAUAAUGGCAGGACCAAGAUUACUGUAGAUUACUAAAUUUUCGCGACACCAUAUUUUCACGUGAUAGUCAUUGACUCUUGAUUAGCGAGACAAAAUUUUCACGAAUUGUGGUUAUUGCUCUAUAUAAUCUUAAGGAAUACUAUUAUACGCGAGAAUUUAAUUUUCGCGAGCACACUGUCUCGCGUAAUUACGCGAAAAUAAAGUUCUCGCGAAUAAAAAGUGAUUUACAGUAUUGAGAAUAGUAAUGUUUAAGUAACCUCAGGUAAAAAAUCUAAUUUUCUAAGAAAAGGGCCAAGUUUAAUCAGUGAGCAUUGUGGCCCAUGAUCCCGGUUUUUUUCCCCCAAUCAUAUACAGGUUUAGUUUUAUGUGGAGCUUUUUAUUAAUUCCAAAGUGGCAUAAAGGAUAUGAAGUGAGAAAGAGUGAGAGAGAACAUUGAAAUUUGUUAGGACAGAGGAGAUGAAAUAUUCUAAAGUCGACACAAGAGAAUAAAAUAUUGUGUUCAAAUAAUAAUGACCUUAUUAAUCCAUGUACAACUGAACUGGGUAUUAUGCAAUAAAUAAAUUGGUACAAAAUAUA